UAGUUUUAGCUAAGAGAGGACCAGGUGAGGCUGGAUCAUGGGACAUCUCUGCUCCCCACUGGCCAUAGCACUGCUGGCAAUGAGCCUGGCUCAGGGUGCUCAGGGGAGUCAGAAUCAGACAGGCUGUGGCAAGCAGUUGGUCUCAGGGCGCAUCUUGAAUGGUCAAGAUGCCAAGGCUGGGGCCUGGCCCUGGCAGGUCAGCGUGCGGCAAAAUGGCUCCCACAUCUGCGGCGGUGCCCUCAUCUCUGAGAGCUGGGUGGUGUCAGGAGCUCAUUGCUUCGAUCCAUCUGUAGCCAAUUCAUCAUAUCGGGUGCAGCUCGGUGAAAAACGGAUUGUCAGUGAGACCCCAACCCAGACGUUCUCAUCGGUGAAGCAGGUGGUCCCCCAUCCCAACUACAACAGUAGCACUUUUCUUGCCGACAUCGCCCUGGUGGAGCUGGAGAAGCCAAUUGCCUUCACGGCCACCAUCAGCCCCGUGUGCCUGCUUGAUGCCUCCAUCCAUGUGCCUGCUGGAGACACCUGCUGGGUGACUGGUUGGGGGAACAUUCACCCCCAAGAGAGUUCUUCCCUAGCGGAGACACUGCAGGAGCUGGAGGUGCUCACCGUAGACUCCACGAUCUGCAAUGAUCGCUUCCGGGAAGCAUUACAAAAGCCUGUAGGUGACAACCCCAUCAAAGACGACAUGAUGUGUGCCGGGUACAUGGAAGGCUAUAAAGGGACGGCCCCGGGUGACUCCGGGGGACCCCUGGUGUGUGAGGAGAACGGGACCUGGUACCUUGCUGGGAUUGUGAGCUGGUUACUGAAGACAACACUGAACAGUGUUGCUGCUGGUUACCCUGGGGUCUACAACCGCCCGAAUGCCUACAACGAUUGGAUCGAGGAGAAUGUGCCUGGUGUGACUUUCAUGGUGGUGAACUUCACUCUGAACAGUGCCAGUCCAUCUACUACCGUCACUACGAACAGUGCUGGACCCUCUGCCAGCAUCCCCAAGGUCCUUCUCCUCAUUGUGCUUUUGUGGUUGACCCUGUGACUCCCCUUCCUAGACUGGGUCCCCAUCCGACACCAGCCCUUUCUCACCCUUGAUGCCGAGAGACCAUGUCACCAGUGACACUAGACCCUAGUAUUUACACCCUACACACUAUCGUAACAAUCUUUGUGAAAAAUGCACUUUGUGAGGUAUGAUCUGAAAACUAAUAACUCUCUGAUCAUUCAUAUCCUUGGGUGAUGUACGUACACAAGGGUUGUUAAGGGUUAUGGACAUACCCUGUGUGACAAGGUUCCUCCUCUGCCUUGGUGGGUCCUGCGCUUUUUGGCGGAUUUGCUCGCCUCCGAGAUCACGGCAGCCCUCAGUUUGGCCACUUUUGCUAGAGGCUCAAACCUGCCGUUCACUCAGCUCACCUCAUCAUUGGCCAGCAAUGGGGGGAAACGGAGAACAAUCCCCGCAGUCUGUGUCCCACCUAGUGGGUCGGGGACAGGCCAGAUCCCUUUCCAAAUUAGACCUUCCCUUCUGGUGUUUCUCACAGAGCAGGUCAACUCCUCCUGUGUCCGAUCAGGAGUUGGGGGGGAUGGGGGAACCCGAGCCUGCCCUCGACACCGGGUUCCAGCCCAGGGCCCUGUGGAUAGCAGCGGUCUACAAUGUUCCCUGUAUCAGCUGCGUGACUGCAACAACUCCCUGAGCUAUUUCCCCAUGGCCUCCUCCCAACACCUUCCUUAUCCUCACUGCAGGAUCUUCCCCUUGAAGCCUGAUCACACUUGAACUCUUCACACCUUCUUACUCCCUGCUCCUUGCACACACCCCCACUAACUGAUGGGAGGUCCUUUUUAAACCAGGUGUCCUGAUUAGCCUGCCUGCCAUAAUUGAUUCUAGAAAGUUCUUAAUUGGCUCCCGGUGUCUUGAUUAGCUUGCCUGUCUUAAUUGGUUCUAGCAGGUUCCUAGGGCAGCCCCUGCUCUGGUCACUCAGGGAACAGAAAAUUGUUCAUCCAGUGGCCAGUAUAUUUGCCUUCUACCAGACUCCUGUACCCCACUGGUCUGGGUCUGUCACAACUGGACUGGUCACUAAAAUGUGUUCAAACUAGGUGUGUCAGGCGGAGUUGUUAAACAGGUCUCUCCUAAAGAAAGGACUGUGUUUAGCUCCAUUUCCUAAGCAGCACACAAACCCAUUGAACUAAAAGGGGCGGCGGCAAAAACCUCACGCUGACAAGUGGGGGACAAGACAGCCUAGUGUCUACACCCAGCAGGAGAGAGAAGCUCGGGCUGGGUUUUACUUUUCAGAAGGAUCCAUUGCAAAGAUUUACUGGGCUGAACUUCAAGUGAUAAGCUACUGAAUUAACUGUACAUCACCUCCCGCCCACCAGCGGCCCCACCAAUCAGCUCCU